GAGGUGGAGGGCGAGGGAGUCAAGGGGGCAAGGAGUGACUUUCAUGAAGUGCCCCUCCGAAGGUGCGGGGCUUUCCGUGCUGAUAGCCGAGGCUAUGACCCAUUCAAAAGACACAGCUGGGGGCCUGGCCAGGACCCACUGAGCAGGAGGAGACUGCUGGCAAGAGCAUGCCCAGGCCCCCAGGAAAAUCCCUUACUGCAAAGCCAAGAGGACCUGGACGUCUUUGACGGCCUGCAAUUCCCGGGGAGCCAGCCCUCCAGCCCGGACCUUUCAGACUUUCAAUUUCUUCUUGAUUCAGUUUUGGGCCAGGAAUCCUGUCACUCGGCUGCGGGUUCUCUGGACCAUCCCGCCCCUGGCAUGCUUUCCAAAUCUGUAUCCAUGAGUGGCAUCAAUGGCCUCCUAGACUGCUCUAACCCAGCCAGAAAUUUCUCUCGGUUCUCUGCCACUGACUUAAGCCAGCGCUGUAGUCAACUGGAAGGGGGCUCGGGCACUUGGGCAGGCUCCUCCCUGCGCCGGACCUUCAGCUUCCUCUUGGCCAUGACCGGAAAGACCAAGACCCGGGAGAAGGAGAAGAUGAAGGAAGCCAAGGACGCCCGCUACACCAACGGGCACCUCUUCACCACCAUCUCCGUGUCAGGCAUGACCAUGUGCUACGCCUGCAACAAGAGCAUCACAGCCAAGGAGGCCCUCAUCUGUCCGACCUGCAAUGUGACUAUCCACAACCGCUGUAAAGACACCCUGGCCAACUGUACCAAGGUCAAGCAGAAGCAACAGAAAGCCGCCUUGCUGAAGAACAACACGGCCUUGCAGUCUGUGUCUCUCCGCAGUAAGACCACCCUCCGGGAGCGGCCAAGCUCUGCCAUCUACCCCUCUGACAGCUUCCGGCAGUCUCUCCUGGGUUCCCGCCGUGGCCGCUCCUCCCUGUCUCUAGCCAAGAGUGUCUCCACUACCAACAUCGCUGGCCAUUUCAAUGAUGAGUCCCCCCUGGGGCUUCGCCGCAUCUUGUCUCAGUCCACGGACUCCCUCAACAUGCGGAACCGGACGUUGUCAGUGGAAUCCCUCAUUGACGAAGGUGCAGAGGUGAUCUACAAUGAGCUGAUGAGUGACUUCGAGAUGGACGAGAAGGAUUUUGCUGCCGACUCCUGGAGCUUGGCCGUGGAUGGCAGCUUCUUGCAGCAGCAUAAGAAGGAGGUGAUGAAACAGCAGGAUGUCAUCUAUGAGCUGAUCCAGACGGAGCUGCACCACGUGAGGACGCUGAAGAUCAUGACUCGCCUUUUCCGCACGGGGAUGCUGGAAGAACUGCAGCUGGAACCCGGUGUCGUCCAGGGCCUAUUCCCCUGUGUGGACGAGCUCAGUGACAUCCACACACGCUUUCUCAGUCAGCUGUUGGAGCGCCGCCGCCAGGCCCUGUGUCCCGGGAGCACCCGCAACUUUGUCAUUCAUCGUUUGGGGGACCUGCUCAUCAGCCAGUUCUCUGGGCCUAGCGCAGAACAGAUGCGGAAGACCUACUCGGAGUUCUGCAGCCGCCACACCAAGGCCUUGAAGCUCUAUAAGGAGCUGUACGCCCGGGACAAGCGCUUCCAGCAGUUUAUCCGGAAAGUGACCCGCUCAGCAGUGCUAAAGCGGCAUGGGGUGCAGGAGUGUAUCCUCCUGGUGACUCAGCGGAUCACCAAGUACCCGGUGCUCAUCAGCCGCAUCCUGCAGCAUUCUCACGGGAUGGAGGAGGAGCGCCAAGACCUGACCACAGCGCUGGGGCUGGUGAAGGAGCUGCUCUCCAACGUGGACCAGGACGUGCAUGAGCUGGAAAAGGGGGCCCGCCUGCAGGAGAUCUACAACCGCAUGGACCCUCGUGCCCAGGCCCCCGUGCCAGGCAAGGGCCCCUUCGGCCGGGAGGAGCUUCUGAGGCGCAAGCUCAUUCAUGACGGCUGCCUGCUGUGGAAGACGGCCACUGGCCGCUUCAAAGAUGUGCUGAUGCUGCUGAUGACGGAUGUGCUGGUGUUUCUCCAGGAGAAGGACCAGAAGUACAUCUUCCCUGCCCUGGACAAGUCCUCAGUGGUGUCGCUGCAGAACCUGAUUGUCCGGGACAUUGCCAACCAAGAGAAGGGCAUGUUUCUCAUCAGCGCUGCCCCGCCCGAGAUGUAUGAGGUGCACACGGCGUCCCGGGAGGACCGCAGCACCUGGAUCCGCGUCAUUCAGCAGAGUGUCCGUGUGUGCCCAUCCAGGGAGGACUUCCCCCUGAUUGAGACGGAAGAUGAGGCUUACCUGCGGCGAAUCAAGAUGGAGCUGCAACAGAAGGACCGGGCUCUGGUGGAGCUGUUGCAAGAGAAAGUUGGGCUGUUUGCUGAAAUGACACAUUUUCAGGCAGAGGAGGAUGGUGGCGGUGGCAUGCCCCUGCCCACCCUGCCCAGGGGCCUCUUCCGCUCCGAGUCUCUUGAGUCCCCUCGCGGCGAGCGGCUGCUGCAGGAUGCCAUCCGAGAGGUGGAGGGCCUGAAGGACCUGCUGGUGGGACCUGGAGGGGAGCAGCUCUGGACACCUCGAGAACCGCCCCUGCCCUUGGAAGCAGACAGCGGUGGUAACACGAGCCCUGGGGUCACUGCCAACGGUGAGGCCCGAACCUUCAAUGGUUCCAUUGAGCUCUGCAGAGCAGACUCUGACUCCAGCCAGAAGGACCGGAAUGGAAACCAGCUGAGGGCGCCCCAGGAGGAGGUGUUACAGCGCCUGGUCAACCUCUAUGGACUUCUGCACGGCCUCCAGGCGGCCGUGGCCCAGCAAGACACUCUAAUGGAAGCGCGGUUCCCCGAGGGUCCUGAACGCCGGGAGAAGCUGACUCGAGCCAACUCCCGGGACGGGGAGGCCUGUAGGGCUGGGGCUGGCCCCGUGGCCCCUGAGAAACAGGCCACAGAACUGGCACUCCUGCAGCGGCAACAUGCGUUGCUGCAGGAGGAGCUGCGGCGCUGCCGGCGGCUGGGCGAAGAGCGGGCCACUGAGGCCGGCAGCCUGGAAGCCCGGCUCCGCGAGAGUGAGCAGGCUCGGGCUUUGCUGGAGCGGGAGGCUGAGGAGGCUCGCCGGCAGCUGGCCGCCUUGGGUCACACAGAGCCGCUUGUGCCUGAGGCGCCCUGGGCCCGUAGGCCUCUGGAUCCUCGGAGGCGCAGCCUCCCAGCAGGCGACGCCCUAUACCUGAGUUUCACCCCACCGCAGCUGAGCCGAGGCCACGACCGCCUGGACCUGCCUGUGACUGCUCGCUCUGUCCAUCGGCCCUUUGAGGACCGAGAGAGGCAGGAGCUUGCGAGCCCCGAGGAGCGGCUGCAGGACAGCAGUGACGCCGACACUGGCAGUGAAGAGGAAGGAAGCAGCCGGCUAUCUCCACCCCAUAGUCCCCGAGACUUCACCCGAAUGCAGGACAUCCCAGAGGAGACGGAGAGUCGUGACGGGGAGCCUGUGGCUCCUGAGAGCUAAGGGGGCUCCUCCCCACCACCCUGUGCCCCAUUGAAGAACAUGACUGAAGGGGCCAGUCCAGGGUGGGUGGGAGGACUCCACUCUGCCAAUGAGGAGGGAUCAUUGCAAAGAACUGUUGACUGUC